AUGAGCAGCAAUCUGUUCAAAUUGAACAGCAGGAGGUGGUGGAGGCACGAGAAAACGUACAUCGAUGGAGGCUGGUACACCAGUGCUAUUAUGGCAGAAGGCAAGGAACAUGCCAUGGCAGUUGAUAACCUCACAAUGUCCACCGAUAACAUAACAAGGGUGUUGCUAUUGAGAUGGUGCAUUUUCUCGACGAUGAUCUAUGGACAUGCUUAA